AUGAAUCAUACAAUUUCUAGACGAGUGUGUCUCGGGCACGCGAGCAAUUUUUCUCAGCAUCAGUGCGUCGUGGCCAUGACCGGAUCGAUCCUACAUCCCCAUUCCCAUCCCUGUUCCCUAGCCCUAUUCAAAAUCGGAAAUCUCUACAACGCGAAUCGGCGGCCUCACCAUAAACAGAAACCAGGUCCGCCUCGGCACGCCCGUCUGCAAAACAUACAUGGAAUCCUAUCCUCCUGGCCAUCCUGCGGCCCAGGCCCCCAUGCAGCCUUGAGGCCUAUUCGCGCAACCACCCGUGUCAAAAGUGCGAAGCUGCAGACCGCUCCUUUGUUCUUAGGGCGGACUUUUGGGGCGUCAUGA